AUGGUUAGAAGAUCAAGAAAACAGAAGAAACAGGAAAGCAGUUCUAGUUCUUCUUGGAGUCCAGAAUCUUCAGACAGUAGUACUGACUUGCAUUAUAGUGCAAAGUUACCAAAGAAAAAGGCAAAAAAAGACAUUUUGGCUAAGCCCAUAAAUGGCUAUCUCAGUGAAGAUGACACAAAUCUUGCAAGUUCUUCAAUGAGGACAAGAAGAAAACGAAAGUGCCAAUCGAAAAAGGAGCAAUAUGUUAUAGAUGAACCAUCUUCAUCUGAGAAUGAUCAAAGUCCUGAUGUUUUAAGUGAGGAAAAGUUUAAAUGGGGAAGAAGGAAAAGAGCAAAGAGAGGUAGAACUAGGAAUUCAAGAAAAGGAAAUGACCAAAGACAGAGGACAACAACAAUACUUUCAUGGCUAAUAGAUUGUAAGGUAAUUCAAGAAAAUGCAGAAGUUUUUGUCAUGGAAGAAGGGGAGCCAAAAACAAAGCAGGGGAAAAUAAGGAAAGAAGGUAUACUUUGUUCAUGUUGCAAUUAUGUUUUCACAGUGGCAGACUUUUGUACUCAUGCUGGAGCUAACAACAACAAUAACAUACCCAGUGUAGUCUCACGAAUGGGGUCUGGGGAGGGUAGAAUGUACGCAUACCUUACACCUACCUUUAAGAAGGCAAAGAAGUUAUUUCCGUUAGACCCUCGGCUCGGUACUCAUGCUGGAGGAACAUCUAGUAAACCUUAUGAGAAAAUUUUCAUUGCUGAAACAUGCUCUUCUCUCUUGUCUUGCAUGAUUCAAGCUUGGGAUCUUCCAGAAGAACGUAAUUAUCGUCAAUUUAAUUUGAUCGAAAACGAGGAUGCUAGUGACUCUUGUGAUGAUGCUUGUAUGAUUUGUGCUGAUGGAGGUGUUCUAAUGUGUUGUGACAAAUGCAGCUCUACAUAUCAUCAUGAUAAGUGCUUGGGAAUGAAGGAGGUUCCUAAAGGGUUGUGGUAUUGCUCAUUUUGUGUCUGCAAAUUUUGUGGUGUUCCUGCUAAUGAAAAUGAUUAUUUGCUGAAAUGUUCUCAGUGUGAGAAAAAAUAUCACUGGGAAUGCCAUCUAACCAGAGUGAAAAUCAGCAUAGACAUUAACAACCCCCCACAAGGCACAUUCUGUGACAAUAGCUGCAAUAAGGUCUAUGAUACAUUGGAGAGGAGCAUUGUUGGUGUUGAACAUGAGACCGAGGGAAGCUACAAAUGGACAUUACUUAAGAACACAGAUGAUGGCUCUGGGAUUAAUAUAGAAGACGAUUAUCAAAGAACUGUAUGCCACUCCAAGCUAGCCGUGGCGCGAAGACUUAUGGAAGACUGUUUUGAGCAAAUUACAGACAGACAUACUAGAAUUGAUGUCAUUAAAAGUGUGGUCUACAACUGUGGGUCAAAUUUUAGCAGGGUGAAUUUCAGGGGCUUUUAUACUAUUAUUUUAGAAAAGAAUGAGGAAAUCAUUUCUGCAGCAUCCAUAAGGAUCCAUGGAACAAAGCUUGCUGAAAUGCCCUUAAUUGCAACAAACAAGGAAUAUAGGAGAAAAGGAAUGUGCAGAGAGCUAAUGGUUACCAUUGAAUCAGUCCUUCACUAUUUGAAGGUAGAAAAACUGGUAAUUCCAUCAGUAUCAGAGCGCACAGGCGCCUGGGUUAAUAAUUAUAGUUUUCAUAAAGUCAAAUCACCAUUACCAGAAGAGAUGAAGCUGCACAAUACGUUGAUGUUCCACGAUUCAACGAGAUUGCAAAAAGAUCUCGGUUCAUCUACUUUGGCGAGGACAAGUCGAGCUAAUUCUCGAGCCAAAGACACACAGAGUUUCCCGACGAAAUCUAAAGAGCCGAGACCCUUCGACUUGAAUGUUGAACCAUCUCAAGAGGACACGGACUUCUAG